AUGAAUAAAACUUUACUCUUUCUUAUUUUUAUUACUUUAUUCUUAAAAACUUAUGCUAGACCAAAAGCAUUAGCUCAAUUUUAUCCACCACCUACAACCCCACACCCACAAACAGGCCAUUCAUUUAGAUGUGGCUAUGUCAGAUAUGGUAAACCAGAUAUAGAGUGUGAUAACCCGGGUAUUUAUUUUAUUUUCUCGAUCAACUCAAUCGAUGUACUUGGUGUAGAACGUAGUUUUCCAUUAAGAUAUAUUGGUAGAUCUGUAACGAAUGCACUAAAGAGAAUAGAUUGGGAUAAAAGAAAGGGAAAAUAUCAUGAGGCUGAUAUUGUUUGUUUUAUGGAAUUCCCAAGAGAUGUGACCUGGAAUAACAACAACGAUGUUAUUACCAUUGAACAAACACUUUUAUCAGCUUUUGCUUCCACUGGCAAUGCAUGGGAUCAAAAUGGGUUUGCAGAAUGGCGUGGUGAUACCUAUAUUAUGGGUGACAAUGGUCUUGGCUUCGAUUUAAUGCGUUCUUUCUAUACCAUGGAUAUUACAUUACCAAUUUCAAACUUGCAAUUUGUACCUGGUCAUGAAUGGGAUGAUACUAUCGAAAACCAUAUUCUUCACAUGCAAGUUAAAGACAACAAAGUCGAUAUAGAUAGUAUUUUCUCAGAAGGAAUCCCAUACGAAGGUGGCUAUGUUAUUGAUAGUAAUGAUGAUUAUUGCUCGACCAACAAAACCAAAUUUAAAAAGCACUCUGCCAACUACUUGAAAAGAAUCGAAGAGAAUAUGGAUAAAUUGGAAAACAAGGUAGAUGUGGAAAAUACCCAAGGUAAUGAUGCUUUAAACGAUUGUGCUGAAUUAGGUGCGAAAGUAGGGGGUGUUGCUACUGGUAUUGCUGUUGGUGCCGCUGCUGCAACUGCUGUUGCAAAUGGUACCUAUAGUGAGCAAGCUUUAAAUUGGGGGAAGGGUUUAUUCUGGGAAGUGGGACAAGAGAUCAAAAAUUUUGCAAAAGAAGGUUUUGGUGAUUGGAAAAAUGGUGUUCGUAAAAUUGGAAAUGAUGUAAAGAGUGGGGCAAGUGAAGGUGGAAAUGCAUGGAAAGAUGGUGCCGGUAAACUUAGUCAACGUAUUUGUGAGAUAUGA